AUGGAUGAAUCAAAUGAGCCGAAAUCUAAUGGUGUUGAUGUCAAAAAGAAUAAACAUAAAGCGCUAAUUUACUAUCAAAAGGCUCCUAAUAAGGAAAGUGUCGAAAUUGAAGUGAUAAGUAUGAAUAUAAGGCGAAUAAGAAAGGAAAUCCUAUCAAAGCAUAUGACGAGAAGGCCUGAAGAAUCACUUGCUGAUUCAAUAAGUCAGUGA